AUGGCGGGCGCGUCUGGCAGCGGUGUCCCCUCUCCUACAGUAUUGCGUAAGGUCGGAGCCCCAGCCCCACGCCCCGCUUCUUUGCCAAACUCUGGCGUACUCCGCAUUCAACAUGAGUUGCAUACGCUCAUCCGGGAACCCGUCGAGUUCAUCUACGUCCAUGCUGAUGAAUCAGACGUCACAAAGAUCACUGCCCUCAUCAUCGGCCCUUUGGAGACACCCUAUGCUGGCGGCUUCUUUCGCUUCGACAUUAGGGUCGGUCCAGAGUACCCCAUGAACCCACCAAAAGUAAUACUCCAGACUACGGAUGGCGGCCGUGUUAGGUUUAAUCCCAACCUAUAUGCAGACGGAAAGGUCUGUCUUUCCAUUCUGGGCACCUGGGCGGGACCAGCUUGGUCCUCCGCGGAGAGUUUGUCCUCCGUGCUUUUGUCUAUUCAGUCUCUCAUGUGUGAGGAACCAUACCACAACGAGCCGGGUUACGAGACUAUGGGUGACGACGACAUUAAGUCAGCUUACAAUGAUUAUAUCAGAUAUGAGACCCUCCGCGUCUCCGUCCUUAGCACUCUCAAGCACGCGGCACACGCACGUCAUUUCCCUGACGUCCUCGAACGCCAGUUCCUCCUUUGGCACGAGAUGUAUAUGAAUAUUGCCAACGACUUGCGUGAGCGGAGGGACGGUUCGCAAUACAAGGACGCCUUUUCAAACAGGCGCGGUACAUUUGAUAUGAAGAAUAUCAUCCAUUCCUUAGAAACCAUGAAAAAGACUAUCAUGGAGCGUAUGGACACGCUUGACAAGCCCCCAACCGUGUUGGGCUCGGUAUCCGAAAGCGAUAAAACAAGUCUCAGCUACGCUGCCGACCGACUCCGUGACGACUAUCGAAACCUCACGAGAUCACCUUCACCAGGGGGAAGCGCAAGCCCUAGAGAUGUCGAUAAUCCGUUUCUGUGGGAUGCCACCAUUCUGGGGCCCGAAAACACUUCGUAUGAGGGUGGCUUUUUCACUCUGGAGAUUCGAUUCUCGCACCAUCAUCCAUACCGCCCGCCGUUUGCCCGCUUCACGUCACCUAUGUUUCAUCCCAACAUCACCACCGACGGCAUCCCUGCUCUCGACCUCAUCCAAACUAGAUGGACCCCGAAUACUCGCGUGUCCACCAUUUUGGAUAAACUGCAAGGAUUACUGGCAGAGCCAUCGGACACCCUCAACCCAGUUAACGUGCAGGCUACCAGUAUGUACCGACUCAACCGUCGCGAGUUUAAGAGGAGAGCGCGGCGGCUGGCUCAAGACGGUUGCUAAAGAGAGGUUUCUAUAGUGAAGCUUGAGUAUCGGAGUUAAUGAAGUUCUCCGACACCUCUCCAAAUACUAGGCACGUUGUCUAUACUUGCACACGAAGACCACCCCCACACGUCACACCCGUAGUUAGAUCAUUUGUUGUAGAGGUGUAUGAGAUGUAUAUGUACAGUACGGCAUUUACGUUGGCUCCCAAGGCGGUUGACAUUAUGAAGUCACAGAUGAAUUCUGCCGCGGUACUCUACGGAACAUUCCUUUACGACCCUUUCGCUUCAUCAAACAACCGUGAGCACUCCCUGGCAUGCUGUCACAAUCUCUUUCCUUUUCUUUAAUACACUCCAUGCUAAGCUUGAAA